UCCAAAUCCGCUCUGUCAAAUGGCCCGAGGAUUGAAAUUUGCAAUUAAGCUCAUGUACGGCCCAUAUUAACAUUACCCGUUUCGCCCGGAUACCCGAAUUGCGAUCCAAACAGUAUCCGCCACUGCUUGACUUGUUUCUCAAGAAGAGCCCUUGAAAACCCAAACGAAAAGCAAAUACGAGACAUUGUUUCUCUCGGCGUAAAGAGGUUUUUGAGCUUGGGAUCUGGAUCUGGAUCGAAUUGAAAAAUGUUUCUCACAAGGACCGAGUAUGAUAGAGGAGUCAACACCUUCUCUCCAGAAGGUAGAUUGUUUCAGGUUGAAUAUGCCAUUGAAGCUAUCAAGCUGGGUUCAACUGCUAUUGGAUUGAAAACAAAAGAAGGUGUGGUUCUUGCAGUCGAGAAGCGUAUCACUUCACCACUGCUGGAGCCAAGCAGUGUAGAAAAAAUUAUGGAAAUUGAUGAGCAUAUUGGAUGUGCUAUGAGUGGAUUGAUUGCUGAUGCCCGUACACUUGUUGAGCAUGCACGAGUUGAAACUCAGAACCAUAGAUUCUCAUAUGGUGAACCGAUGACUGUAGAGUCCACAACACAAGCACUCUGUGAUCUCGCCCUGCGAUUUGGUGAGGGUGAUGAAGAAUCUAUGUCUCGACCCUUUGGGGUAUCUCUACUGAUUGCUGGUCAUGAUGAAAAUGGCCCCAGCUUGUACUAUACAGAUCCAUCUGGCACUUUUUGGCAAUGCAAUGCUAAGGCUAUUGGUUCUGGUUCAGAAGGUGCUGACAGCUCUCUGCAAGAGCAGUAUAACAAGGAGCUAACUCUUCAAGAAGCUGAGACAAUUGCUCUGUCUAUUCUGAAGCAAGUUAUGGAAGAGAAGGUAACUCCAAACAAUGUCGAUAUUGCAAAGGUGUCUCCAACAUACCACCUAUAUACCCCUUCUGAGGUGGAGGCAGUCAUUAGUCGUCUAUGAGAGCACAUCUCAUGAAUGCCUGCUUUCUCAUCUGUAUGUUUGCGAGAAUUGUUGUGUUUUUCUGUUUAAAUUUGAUCUUAGACUGGCCAUUCCCAUUUUGUUUGUGUGCCUAAAAUGCACUUGUUAGUUUGAGCUGUACAACUGGGACAUGGAUUAAGCUUAAUGAAAACCUAAAAUUUUCAGGAGACAAUUGCAAAUGACCAUGAUGAAUACGCA